CGGGCGUGGAGGACACAGCUGUUCGGUCGCCGAGAUCCGGUGAGUAGAACCUGCGUUCGGUUCUGAGGGCGAACCCCUUGUCCCCCUAACGUCCCCUGCGCUGCCCCGGGCCCUGCAGCCGGUGGUGCCGAGGGAGAGGAAGGCUAGGGCGGUGCUCCCACGAGGCGGCAGCCUCCGACCUCGGCCGCUCCCGCGUCCCGGGAAACGCCGCAGGUCUCCUCGAGUCGCCCGGCCGUCUCGGUCGCCUCCGCGGGCUUUGAAAGACGGACCGAGUGUCGCGGCCGUAUAGCCAUGGCUCGUGGUCCAAAGAAGCAUCUGAAGCGAGUAGCAGCUCCAAAGCAUUGGAUGCUGGACAAGUUGACCAGUGUGUUUGCUCCUCGUCCAUCCACUGGUCCCCACAAGCUGAGAGAAUGUCUUCCUCUCAUCAUUUUCCUGAGGAAUAAGCUGAAGUAUGCCCUAACAGGGGAUGAAGUAAAGAAAAUUUGCAUGCAGCGGUUCAUUAAGAUUGAUGGCAAAGUCCGAGCCGAUGUAACCUACCCUGCUGGUUUCAUGGAUGUCAUCAGCAUCGACAAGACCGGAGAGAAUUUCCGUCUGAUCUAUGAUACCAAGGGUCGUUUUGCUGUUCAUCGCAUUACACCUGAGGAGGCUAAAUACAAGUUGUGCAAAGUGAGAAAGAUCCUUGUGGGCACAAAAGGCAUUUCUCAUCUGGUGACCCACGAUGCUCGCACCAUCCGCUACCCUGAUCCUCUCAUCAAGGUGAAUGACACAAUUCAGAUUGAUUUGGAGACCGGCAAGAUCACUGAUUUCAUCAAGUUUGACAUUGGUAACCUGUGCAUGGUGACUGGAGGUGCCAACCUGGGAAGAAUUGGUGUGAUCACCAACAGAGAAAGACAUCCUGGCUCUUUCGAUGUCGUUCAUGUGAAGGAUGCCAAUGGCAACAGCUUCGCUACUCGUCUGGCCAACAUUUUCAUUAUCGGCAAAGGCAACAAACCAUGGAUUUCUCUUCCCCGGGGAAAGGGAAUCCGCCUCACCAUUGCUGAAGAGCGAGACAAGAGACUGGCUGCCAAGCAGAGCAGUGGGUGAAAGGGUCUCUAGAUGACGUGUUAGAAAAGCCUUUGUAUUUGAUUGAAAUAAUACAGUGUGG